CGCAGCUGGGGAGAGUCCUGUGCUGAGUAUCGCGUUGUUUGGCCGGCUGUGCUGAGCGGACGUUGCGGAAGCUGGUUUGACAGAUCUCGGGAUGGCGGACACUGACCCUAAGACCGUGCAGGACCUCACUGUGGUGGUUCAAAACUUGCUUCAACAAAUGCAGGACAAGUUCCAGACUAUGUCCGAUCAGAUUAUUGGGAGAAUUGAUGAUAUGAGCACCCGAAUCGAUGAUCUAGAGAAGAACAUUGCCGAUCUGAUGACACAGGCCGGUGUAGAGGAGGAAGAAGGGGCAAACAAGCAGGUUCCCAAACAAUGAGAAUGAAUACAAUUUUAUACCAUCUUCAAAGGAAGAGGAUCCUUUCCUUCCCAACAGAGAUGACUGCAAAGCCCUUUUGUAUUAACCGUUGUGAUAGAGGUUUCAUUUCCUAUUGUAUAUUUAGAUUGUUUUGUAUUUUGAUUAUUUGUGACUUCAUAUUUGUUUUUUUACAUGUGCAGUAAAACUCAUGGAAAAAAAAAAACGUAACUAUCAUAUUUAAAAAUAU